UAUUUUGGACGAAAUAAGCAGCGUGCACACUGCAACAGCUGUGCCAAAACUAAAUUAGGGAAAAAUCUGAUUGGAAUUUCUGCGGAUUUCGCUCACCUCAUAUCCCCUAGAAUUCAGGAGCAGGUAGCCAGGAUGACGUCUCGCAACCUGACGGAAGUGUUCGUCAUCAUGCGCAACAAUGCGUCCAAGAACCGGAGUCACUACGACGAUCGAAGGGGUAGCGAUGCAGAGCGACUUCUAAAGCACUCGGUGCGGGAGGCAGAAGAGGGACUGGAGCUGCAGGACGACUACGGCACACCGCCUGCCUGGUUGGAUAAGUUUGAGGAGGCCCAGUAUACUAUGUCCAAGAUCAAACCCAAGCUAGACGAGUUGGGCUCAUUACAUGCCCGCCACCUUCUUCGACCCGCCUUCGAUGACCAGCGGGAUGACGAGUGCGAUAUUGAAGUGCUCAGCCAGAUCGUCUCCAAGCUGAUUACAUCCACGCACCGGCAUAUCCAGUGCGUUCGUUCCAGCAUUGGCGUAGGUAGUAAGGUUGAGCAGUGCCUGACCGCCAACGCGGUGCACUGCGCCUUGCUGCAACUGCAAGAACUGACGGUUAAGUUCCGGGCCAGCCAAAACGCCUACUUACUACAGUUGAACUCUCGCGAAGAGCGCUCGCAGAAGUACUUCGACGACGGUGGCGCUGGCGACGUUUUCACCAACGUAGAGCUGGGCGACCAGAACGCCGACAACUUCGUUGACUCUUUUGAUAAUUUCCUGCAGCCGCCGGCGGAGGGCAAGAGCAGCAACAGUUACUUGUUCGAGGACGACGACCAGGCUAUUGACGAUCACUUCCAGAGACCUCCUGCCAGUCGGAUGACCCAGCAACAGUUGCUUCUUUUCGAAGAGGAGAACUCGCGGGUGGCUCAGCACCGCGAGCAGGAAGUGACCAAAAUAGUCAAGUCCAUUUACGAUCUGAACGACAUUUUCAAGGACUUGGGCCACAUGGUCCAGGAGCAGGGCACCGUUCUUGACCGCAUCGACUACAAUGUGGAACAAACGCAGACGCGCGUCUCUGAGGGAUUGCGCCAGUUGCACAAGGCAGAGAUGUAUCAGCGAAAAAAUCGCAAGAUGUGCGUCAUCCUGGUCCUGGCGGCGGUCACCUUCUUUAUGCUGCUGCUGCUCAUCUUGACCAAGCUCUAGCUUGAUUUAGUUCUACAGCUCUAGUCGACGUCAUUCCCGUGCUUAUGUGUGUAUAUUGUAAAUGUAUGAAUACAUGUUAUAUUUAUUAUUUA